AUGUUCCGUAAAAGAAUUGUGCUUGUAGUCGCCUUGCUUGUACUGUUGGUGUUCUUCUGCACGUUGCAACAUCUGCAAGGCUACCUGCCAGCUAUUGAAAGGUUGCCAAAGACCAACCAGGACGUUGAAGAGGCGAUUUACGAAGAACUGAGCCGCCUGCCUGAGAGCUACAGCAGGGACGCCUUGCAACUGAACAGCGCUGAGCGGUUUCUGAGCAACAUCAAGCGCACGGGCCGUUGGGGGCUCGAGAGCGUGCCGCUUCAGCAGCUGUGGGCAGAGGCCAACUCCUGGCCCUCGGACAGUCAACUGACAAACCUUUCCAGUGCUUUAAUGGGUCGCAUUUUAUACUCCCUUGGGCAUGCCAGGAUCACCAAGGCUGAUCUGGAUACUCGGGGCACGCAGCUGAAGAUUCUACUCACUUUAAUGGGAGAGCAAGAGUGCGUCUUCAAGCCAAAAUGGUAUCCGAUAGAGAAGAGCAUAGAGGGGCCAGUCUACGCGGGCAAAGACCGGUACGGCUCAGAAAUUGUGGGUUUCUACCUCUCCGUUCUGCUCGAUAAACCGUUCGUUCCUGCUAGCGUGGAGCGAACUAUUUCCCUAAAAUACGACGUUCUCCCGGUGGCAACCAAUAGGCUGCUGAACGUCAGCUUGGAGAAGGAGAAUCGAAGUUGUGUGUUCGGCCAGUGCUUCUACUGUAGCAAGGAGGAUCCCAUUUGCGACAAUGAGGGAAACCUGCUGACUGGCGCGGUGAUUUUUAAUGUCCGGAAGAGCUUUAGCAGCUACAGAUCUCCGUGGCAGCGCACGUACAAGAAGAGAAAAAAAGCUGCAUGGGAGGACAGCGUUGAUUACUGCAGCGCUGUAAAGACCAGGCUGCACAAGAAGCGACUGCUCGAUCUUAUCGAUGUGGCAAUUUUCGAUUUUCUCCUGCAAAACGGCGAUCGGCACCACUAUGAGACUCUGGACGACAGUAUCGUCUGGCUGGACAAUGGCAAAGGGCUGGGCAACCCCUAUGUUCAACAUUUGGAUAUUCUGGCGCCCCUCUACCAGUGCUGCCUGAUUAGGAAGAAAAUGUGGCAAGCGCUUCUGAGCCUGGCAGGCGGCGCGUUAUCCAAAUACAUGAAGCUCAUGCCAGAUAUCCAAAACGUGCUAACUGAGCCCCAUUUGCGGGCCAUGGAACAAAGACUGAGGCUGGUGUUUGCUACGGUGGAGUUUUGUAAAGGACGACAUGACAUGAGAAUCUUUGAUAGGUUCUGUCAUAAAAGCGGACAUUUUGAAUUCGCCCUACACAAGCCGCUGAUUGGUUCACUCACUGGGCUUGCCGGCAAAACUAACCCCUCACCAACACACCAAGGUAAGAAAUAAAUCACAGUCCAGUUUAUAACCUAAACAAUGUAUUAAACAAGGUGUGCUCAGGCGAAGAUCCUUUGCAGUGCUUUUUCAGCCUGUUGAGGGGCAAUGAACUUGAGCUUUAAAAUGUCCUCACAGACUAAAAUGAU